GUUCUGCAACGUGGGAGGAAGAAUUGCAGUUGUCGAGAAUUGAACCCGAGAUCGAAGAGCCAAGUGUGGUUGUGUGCAAUACGCCUGUAAUUCUGACAAGACCGAUAACAGUGUAUCUCAAGCUUAAUAACAAUGAGCUUACUUCUCUGGCUGGUCUGUCGGACUCACUGACGGCAGUGAUGAUUAAGCACACUGAGAGACUGCAAAUUCUCGAUCUUUCGUUCAAUCGUCUCACGCGUGUUGAUGAGGAAAUUUUGGAGUACCCGAACUUGCAAGCUAUCUAUUUGCAUGGCAACCGAAUUGACAAGUAA